UAAAAAAAAAGCUGUAAAAAUGUAUUAGGUUUUGAGCUUAAUUAUUUUAUCUACUUUUGCUAUUAGAUUUUUCAUAAUCUUCACAGAUCACUAUUGUCCCAUUCACUUGAUAAUAUUUUUGACUGAAGUAGGUGGUUCUCUGGUGCUCAGCUGUUCAGUGAUGUUUCAAACACCCUUCUUUGUGUGAGUUCGUUGUUUCUAAUCAAGAUUUUAGGUUUUGUUGAACCAGCUCACACAAAGAAAACGUGUUUAUCUUAAACCUGAUUCACAGUACACCUCUAUGAGUACACUUUCUGCUAGAUUGUCAUAAUCUAAAUCCUCUGAAGCCACAUCAGUGUUCACUUUCUUGCCUUUGUAUUGUGCUUUGAUGUUGUGGGGAGAGCUGGGAGUCUGUCAAAGGAAGUGAUUAUUGGACUGCACUUCUGAGUCAUUAUUACUCAACUUUCACCCAUAAGUAACCACAGGCAUCACAUCGGUUAGAUUUUGGCAAAAAAAAUAACCUCCCUUACAUGGGAGUUUCCUCACAGGCUGUUAGAGGCAACAACAGAAUCAGGGAAGCUCUCAUUUUAUAUGAUAUGUUAGAAUCUGUAGUAAAAUCCUUAAUAACACAAGAAAAUGGGUCUUUUUAAUCACAAUGUUAUUCCGAAUGAAUUGCUGAAGUGGAACAUCUUUGAAUGGCAGAAAUGUACACAUAUAGGGAAAUGUUACUUGCUAUUUGUCUUCCUCUUUCGAUGUGGACAUAAAUCACAUGACAGCUUCAUUUUGUCACCAAUGCGUUAAAACUGACCAUCAGCAGCAGACACAGCCAGAGGAAUUACAGCUGCUGGGGGAAGAAAGCCGGGAACACUGAAACGGAGGAAGGCCGGGGUACAUCUGAACCUGCUGCUCAGGAAGCAAAAUGACUGAAAAAGAUCUCUCCUGUCCUAUCUGCUACGACAUCUACAGAGACCCUGUCGUCCUCUCAUGCAGCCACAGCUUUUGUAAAGACUGUCUGCAGCUGUGGUGGAGAGAGAUAAAAAUAAAAUCCUGCCCAAUAUGCAAGACGAUUCCUUUACUGAACGAUCCGCCCUGUAACUUGGUGUUAAAGAACCUCUGUGAGGCCUUCUUAAUGAAGAGAGUUCAAAAACCUUCACAGUCGGAGUCUCUCUGCAGUCUGCACCAUGAGAAACUCAAACUCUUCUGCCUGCACGAUCAACAGCCAGCAUGUCUCAUCUGUCGAGAUUCAAAGGUGCACAACAGUCACGGAUUCAGACCCAUUGAUGAAGCAGCACAGGAUUACAGGAAGGAGCUCCAGGAAUUAUUGAAGCCCUUACAGAAGAAACUGGAACUAUUUGAACAGGUUAAAGAAAAUUACAGUCAGACAGCACUCCAAAGUAAGAUCCAGGCCUUUUACACAGAAUGGCAGAUUAAAAAGCAGUUUAAGAAACUUCACACGUUUCUAAAAAAGGAAGAGGAGGCCAGGCUGGCUGCUCUGCGGGCCGAGAAGAAGCAGAAAUGCAAGAUAAUAAAGGAAAAGAUUGGGGCCCUGAGCAGAGAGAUAGAAACUCUUUCAGAAACAAUCAGAGCCACACAGGAGGAACUGAGAGCUGAAGAUGUCUCAUUUCUGCACAACUACAAUGCUGCACUGAAAAGAAUCCAGCAGCGCCCCCUGCUGGAGGAUCCACAGCUGGUUUCUGGAGCUCUGAUAGAUGUGGCCAAACACCUGGGCAACCUGACCUACAACAUCUGGAACAGAAUGGGGGAGAUGGUCUCCUACACUCCGGUGAUUCUGGAUCCAAACUCAGCUCAUCCACAACUCAUCCUGUCUGAAGAUCUGACCAGUGUGAGUGUGGGACUGAGAAAGCAGCUUCCUGACAACCCAGAGAGGAUAGAAAACUAUUUUGUCAUCCUGGGCUCUGAGGGCUUCGACUCGGGGAUUAACAGCUGGGACGUUGAGGUUAGAAAUGAUGGAGUCUGGUGUCUCGGUGUACUAAAGGAGUCUGUUCAAAGAAAGGGACAUAUACACACUGGAUACUGGGAACUCUGUCACCAGGAUGGAAAAUACACAGCAUCCGCUCCACCGCUUCCAGAUAAAGUUCUCUCAGUGAAGAAGCUCCAAAGACUCCGAGUUCAGCUGGACUGGGACAGGAGGAAGCUCUCGUUUUUUGAUCUGGACACCAACUCACACAUACACACCUUCAAACACACUUUCACUGAGAAGCUUUUUCCAUACAUUGGCACCAAGACUCUGCCGGUGAAAAUAUUACCAGUGAUGGUCAGUGUAGAAAAACACAGGGUUCCAUUAUCAGUGAAGUUUUCGCCUCUUUCUAAACUCGGUCUGAUUUAAUCAAAGCAACUGAGAAAUAAACGUUCUUAUAAUGAAACAAAGCAAUCUUGUACUCAGUCUCCUGGAAGUCUCCAGUGUUACUGUAAUAAUUUGUAUUAUCACAAAGUCUUUACUUUACAAUGUUUCUGAGGUGACUGUGUUUGUGAUUUGGUGCUGUAUAAAUAAAAAUUUAAUUGAA